AACUCAUAGCCACAACCCACACAUUCAUUUAAGGAAGCUUUACAGGAACUUUCUGUGAUGCAAGUGCCUAGCUUGUAGUUAUUUAGUUCAGCUUUUAGAGUGGAUUAGCAGUUUCACACUGGUCAAAGGCUGUGAUUUGCUCUGAGCCUGCUUCUAAAUGGAACGCUCUGAGUACUGCUAUGUUUACCAUUUAGUCCAAGAUUAUCUGAAAUACAUUCUUCAGGAACCACAGCUUGGACCAGCCCCAAGCAGAGUUGCUCAUGUCUUAAGAAAUACUGCAUCCUUUCUGCAAAAGGAAAAUGAAGAGAGUCUGAAACCAUGUUUGGACACACUUGAUAUUACCUCUGUAGAUGCUGCCAGAAGAAUUUUCACUGAAGUCGUGGAUAAAGAAUUUGCUGAUGGAAACACUAACUGGGGACGGAUUUUGACAAUAUUUAUGUUUGGAGGAAUUCUUUCUAAGAGGCUUCAAGAACACAAAGUUCAGCUUACAGGAGAUAAUAAAGAGCAGAUUUCUUAUUUCAUCACCGAGUACAUUAUAAACAACAAGGCUGAGUGGAUAGAGGCAAAUGGAGGUUGGGAAAACGGCUUCCUACCUAUGUUUGAGGAAAAACGAUCAUGGCUGUCCUUAUUCAACAUUAAAGCAAAAAUCAUGGAUGCUUUUUCCUUCUUCAGUCAGUACUAUUGACAAGAUGGAGAUCAGCCUUCCCAUGUAAACUGGAUGUUGCCACAAGACACAUUGCAGUGGCUUUCUUCAAGCAAGAGGAAAAUGAAUCAGCCUUCUAGAAUUAAGGACAUGUUUUCUUGCUUAUAUUAUAUUUUAAUUUAUAUAUUUACUAGUAAAUGUUUAGGUGCUGGCUUAUUUGACAACAGUAAAGACUGAAGUCCUCCUGCUAUCGAAGAGGUACAGAACUGACUCCCAAUAUGCCUCAACCCUGACCUGGAGAGAACUCUUCUAGGCGAGACAGCGAGCAGUUCAGUGUCUAUCUUCUCUGAUGCACCUUCAAAGACGUGCAUUGUUUCACCUACACAUAAUCCAAUGGGUUAGGAGCAGUAUCAGUUUUAAUUCUGAAUUUUAAAAAUUUUGUGAAUUAAAUUUCUUACUUUAUUGCAUUUUGUUGUUUACUUUAUCAGCAGUAGACUUCUUAAAUAAAGAGGCUAAAACACUCACUCAUGAAAGUACAUGCAAGUUCAUGAGCUGGAUCAAAUGAUCACUUGGGACCAGCAAUUUAAAAUGUGUGUAUAUAUUUACUAAUCAGUACGAUGGCAUCUGUUUAAUAAUUUCUUUUUUUUAAAAAAAAGGUUUUUCAUAUGCAUGGAGUUCUUUCCACCUGCAAUGACCACUUGAUUUGUUUAAAGAGAUGCUUUUAAAUGGCCAAGUGCAAAAACUUUAUUUGAAAUCAAUAAACUAUUUGUAUCUUCUAUAAUUAAAAUGUGACCAAUGGGUUU